GUGAUCACUGUCGUCAAUUCAAGUAGGUGUCACUUUCGAAAUCUUUUCCAGUCCAGCCCCGAGCAGACUCGAUCCAAAAUUCCAUGCGCCGAGUUGAUGUGGGCUGGAGGCAUGGCCGGGACCCAGCCGGACCCCCAGACUCUCUGCCUCUUUGAUGUGGAUGGGACCCUCACUGCAGCCAGGCAGAAAAUAGCGCCCGAGCUGGACGAGUUUUUCCAGCAGCUGAGGAAGAAAGUGAAGAUUGGUGUUGUGGGAGGUUCCGAUUACAUCAAGAUAGCCGAGCAACUGGGGGAAGGAGAGGAAGUCAUUCAGAAAUUCGAUUAUGUCUUUGCUGAAAAUGGAACAGUCCAGUACCGAGACGGAAAGUUCAUCACAAAGGAGGCCAUCCAGAAUUGCCUUGGUGAAGAGUUACUGCAGGAGCUGAUUAAUUUCUGUCUCAGCUACAUGGCCCUCAUUAAACUCCCGAGAAAGAGGGGCACCUUCAUCGAAUUUCGGAAUGGGACGUUGAAUGUUUCCCCCAUUGGUAGGAGCUGCAGCCUGGCAGAACGCAUUGAAUUCUCUCAGAUUGACAAGAAAGAGAAGAUCAGAGAGAGGUUUGUUGCAGCUUUACAGAGGGAGUUUGCUGACAGAGGGGUGAAGUGUACAAGAGGAGGAAUGAUCAGUUUUGACAUCUUCCCUGAGGGCUGGGACAAACGCUACUGUCUGGAUAUCUUGGAAAAGGAUGGAAUUAAAACCAUUCAUUUCUUUGGGAAUGAGACUGAGCCGGGUGGAAAUGAUCACGAGAUCUUCCAUGAUCCCAGGACAAUUGGACACACUGUGCUGUCCCCGGACGACACGGUCAGGAUAUGCAAAGAGCUCUUUCCUGCAUGAAUGAACCACAGACACAUCCAAUUGCUCCCAGGUCUCGAUCCAAGGAUUGUUUGGACUUCAUGGAGAGGUAGAUGGGAAAGUGGGUUCUCGUUUCCCACAAUGGACAAAUAGCUGAGUCACGUCAACCGCACUGAACUCUAGGAUAUCGUUACGUGACAUCAUUCAUGCAACUCCAUAUUUGUGUGACCAAAAUUAUUUUUUUAGUUGCCUGUGGUCAGAUCUAUGUUUUAUUUUGCAUGUGUACAAGGUGGCACCCGAGUUGGGAGAGAGAUUUCAGAAGCCUACUCCGCAGAGCUACCUAGAGGUUGGCAUUGUGACAGUUGACAUUGCCCAGUGGAGGGGGAAUGUUGACAUUGUCAUUUACAAUGGAAGAGCAUCAAAAGAUUGUAACAAUGACAAGCAAAGCACUGGAAGUACAAGCCCUAUGCAAGAUUUUUGCACAAUCUAUGCAGUAUUGAGAAAUAAGCUGAAUUACAGAAUCAUGAAGCUGCCCGAGGUAAAUUGUGCAGUGAUGAUUAGCCACUAGGGUUUUUUAAAUUGUGAAGAUUAUGGGAAUGAUGAGAUCCUGAGGGUGAGGACUCCCACAGUUUGAAGUCCUUGGGAGAGAGUGAUUUAAAACCUGACACUGAGCUGAGGGAGGAGGAAGACUAUUUUGUGGUUUACAAGGAGCAGGGCAGGAAGGGUGGGAGGAAUGGUGAGGAGAGCACAGUCAACACAGUGGAGGAAAUUGAGGAAGUUUGAGAUGGAGAAGUGAGAAGGUCACAGUGAGAGAUGGACUGCAAGCUUUGUCUUUGUACUUUGUGACUCACAAAAGGCCAAUAUGCAACGAGUAAUGAGGAAGACAAAUGGAGUGUUGGCCUUUACUGCAAGGGGGUUGGAGUAUAAAAGUAGGGAGGCUUUGCUACACUGGUGAGACCACACCGAGAGUACUGUGCACAGUUUUGGUCCCUUUACUUAAGGAAGGAUAUAC